AUGUCGUUCGUGUGCGGAAUCAGUGGGGAACCGACCGAAGAUCCAGUCGUGUCUCCGGUGUCCGGAUGCAUUUUCGAUCGCCGCUUGAUCGUAAAAUAUAUCGCUGAGAACGGCACAGAUCCCAUCAGUCAUGGAGAGCUUGCAGAGGACUCCUUGGUGUCUUUGAAAGCUGGCGGAACAGGAGCAGCUCCACGAAAUGUGUCAGGCACCUCCAUCCCUUCACUGUUGAAAAUGCUCCAAGAUGAAUGGGAUACGGUCAUGCUCAACAGUUUUUCACUUCGCCAACAACUUCAGAUCGCUCGUCAGGAGCUCUCUCAUUCUCUUUACCAACACGAUGCUGCAUGCCGAGUCAUUGCACGCCUUUCCAAAGAAUUGACUGCUGCCAGAGAGGCACUUUCCACCCUGAAGCCACAUACAACUGCUAAAGUUGAUGAUGACGUUAGUAUCGAAGAAUCAGAUGAUCAGCAAGGUCUCAGCGAAGCUAUUCUUGCCAAGUUGGAUGAGAAAUCGAAAUCUCUCACUGCCGAUCGCAAGCAGAGAGGAAAGAAUCUUCCAGAAGGACUGGCGAAGUCGGAAGAGUUUGCAGAACUGAAGCAGACUGCUUCACACACCGGAAUUCACUCAACUGGAACACCAGGAAUCACUGCUUUGGAUAUCAAGGGAAACCUAUCGCUCACGGGAGGAAUCGACAAGACUGUUGUUUUGUACAACUAUGAGAAGGAGCAAGUUGUGCAGACUUUCAAGGGACACAAUAAGAAAAUCAACGCAGUUGUCUUGCAUCCAGACACGAAAACGGCCAUUUCUGCUUCCGCUGACUCCCACAUCCGCGUCUGGAAUGCAGAUGACGCAUCCUCCAAGGUGGUUAUCGACAUUCACCAGGCUCCAGUCACUGAUAUAUCUCUCAACGCUUCUGGCGAUUACAUUCUCUCUGCUUCCGACGACUCCUAUUGGGCAUUCUCUGACAUUCAUUCUGGAAAGUCUCUGUGCAAAGUCUCCGUUGAUCCAGGAUCUCAAAUUGCUGUUCAUUGCAUUGAAUUCCAUCCGGACGGUCUGAUCUUUGGAACCGGUGCUGCUGAUGCUGUUGUUAAGAUUUGGGAUUUGAAGAAUCAAGGAAUCGCCGCAGCAUUCCCAGGGCACACCGCCGCUGUUCGAUCUAUCGCCUUCUCAGAGAAUGGUUACUACUUGGCAACAGGAUCAGAGGAUGGAGAAGUCAAAUUGUGGGAUCUCAGAAAGCUCAAGAACUUGAAAACGUUUGCGAAUGAAGAGAAACAACCAAUCAACUCCCUCUCCUUCGACAUCACUGGAUCCUUCCUCGGAAUUGGAGGCCAGAAAGUUCAAGUGCUGCAUGUGAAGAGCUGGAGUGAAGUCGCCUCGCUAUCCGAUCAUUCCGGACCGGUGACUGGUGUCCGAUUCGGAGAAAACGCACGAUCACUGGUGACGUGCUCGUUGGACAAGAGCCUUCGCGUCUUCUCGAUCUAA